UUCAACCUAGUACUUGAAAACAAUAUCUUCUCUCUCUUACUCUUCAAGUGUCACACUUGAACUCAAAACUAAUCCACUGCUGGUGAGGGAAUAAGAUGGAGUAGUACUGGUCACAUGCGCUUCUGAGUUAGUCUUUCCUGAGGUCAAAGACCCACUUGCUGCAGCAAAUCACUUUGCCUAAUUUCACAUAAUACUAGUAGCAAGCAGGUCACAAGUUGAGCAAAAGACCAUGCAGACAACACCGGGAGGAGCCAUGGACUUGGAAGUGGAGCCAAACGGCCAUCGAAAGAGGGAGAUAGAGGACACACAAGAUCAGCCAAACGACGAAUUCUCGGAGUAUUCAAAGAGAAUUCCACCAUGGACAAGGCAGAUUACAGUGAGGGGAGUCAUCGCAAGCGCUGUGAUCGGUUCCAUGUACAGCAUCAUAGCAAUGAAGCUGAAUCUUACCACUGGGCUUAGUCCGAAUCUGAACGUCUCCGCUGCUCUACUCGCCUUCAUAUUCGUACGCACUUGGACGAAAUUGCUCGAGAAACUUGGCAUCGCGACUGUUCCAUUCACCAGGCAGGAGAAUACCAUGAUCCAGACAUGUUCUGUUGCCUGUUAUGGCAUAGCUGUUGGAGGGGGAUUUGGGUCUUAUCUGCUGGGGUUAAACAAGAAGACUUAUGAGCUGACAGGAGUGGGCAAUAUAGGAAAUUCUGUAGAGAGUUACAAGGACCCUGCAAUGGGUUGGAUGGUCGGCUUCCUUUUCGUGGUUUGUUUCGUUGGUCUCUUCGCCUUGAUUCCUCUCAGGAAGAUCUUGAUAAUAGACUACAAAUUGACUUUUCCAAGUGGCAUGGCAACUGCUGUUCUCAUCAAUGGGUUUCAUAACCAGGGGGAAAAGAUGGCUGGGAAACAGGUGCGUGGGUUCAUCAAGUUUUUCUCGUUUUCUUUCUUGUGGGGCUUCUUCCAAUGGUUUUACACUGGAUCAGAGGAGGGCUGUGGGUUUGCUCAAUUCCCUACUUUUGGGUUGAAAGCAUGGAAGAAUACAUUCUACUUCGAUUAUAGCAUGACUUAUGUGGGAACUGGAAUGAUAUGUCCCUACAUUGUCAACAUAUCAACACUUCUUGGAGCUAUACUUUCAUGGGGUGUCAUGUGGCCACUUCUGGGUAACCUCCAAGGAAAAUGGUUCCCUGCCAAUUUACCUGAAUACAGCAUGAAGAGCUUGAAUGGCUACAAGGUCUUCCUCGCCAUUGCUCUCCUCUUAGGUGAUGGGCUUUACAACUUCGUCAAGAUCCUUUGUAUCACAUUCUCAAGUAUCCAAGGCAGAUUUAAACAAAGGAACCUCAACUUAGCUGUGGGUAACCAAAACAAAGCCCUAGACGAUCUAAAGAAAAACGAAUUCUUCAUAAGAGAAGGCAUCCCCAUGUGGGUAGGAGCCAGUGGAUACAUUUUCUUUUCUAUGAUCUCAGUAAUCGCGAUUCCCUUCAUAUUUCCUGAGGUCAAAUGGUACUAUGUGAUCGUUGCCUAUGUUUUCGCUCCCUCUUUAGCCUUUUGCAACGCUUACGGAGCCGGUCUUACCGACAUAAACAUGGCCUACAAUUAUGGCAAGGUGGGCCUUUUUGCGCUGGCGGCUCUAGCUGGGAGAGAACACGGUGUGGUGGCAGGGCUCGCCGGAUGUGGCCUCCUAAAAUCGGUUAUCAACGUUGCUUGCCUUCUGAUGCAAGAUAUGAAGACUGGACACCUGACUAUGACGUCCCCCAGAGCAAUGCUUCUGAGCCAGUCAAUUGGCACGGCCAUAGGGUGCGUCGUGGCUCCUCUCAGCUUCUUUCUCUUCUACAAGGCCUUCGACAUUGGAAACCCGGACGGAGAGUACAAGGCUCCUUACGCAGUGAUCUAUCGAAAUCUGGCCAUUCUUGGGGUUCAAGGCUUCUCUGUGUUGCCUCGCCAUUGUUUGCAACUCUGCUGUGGGUUCUUCUCCUUCGCAGUUGGCAUAAACCUGGUGAAGGACCUUUCUCCUCCCAAGGUUGGGAAGUGGCUGCCUCUACCAAUGGCUAUGGCAGUACCGUUUCUGGUUGGGGCUUACUUCGCAAUCGAUUUGUGCGUGGGGAGUCUGGUUGUGUUUGUGUGGCACAAACUUAAUCCUACGAAAGCAGAAGCUAUGGUUCCAGUGGUUGCCUCUGGUUUGAUAUGCGGGGAAGGUCUGUGGACACUACCUGCAUCGGUUCUUGCUCUGGCGAAAAUAAAACCUCCAAUGUGCAUGAAAUUCUUGUCCUCUUAAGCCUACGUCCAUGAUGUCGUCAAAAUCAGAAGACGCCUGCAACUACAGUUGCUGGCUGGUUUUGAUUACUUACAAUCACCGAUAAAUUGCAAUAUCCAUUUUUGUUCGAUAUCUGCCUUUACCAUGAAUCUUGAGGUCAUCAAUAAGAAAUUUACGGAUACAUUGCGUUGUUUCUACCAGAGUUUUUCGAACCUCAUGUUUUAUUAGUGUAAUCAAUAGCCACAAAAGAAUGACAAUAUGGAAAGAGGUUGGCUUGAUUCUUAGGCUGAGCAUUAAUCUUGUGCAUAAUUUCUAGAUCAGACUCUCCAUGCACUCAGGCCACUAGUAUGUACUCCAAGCAAAUGUUUGGUUGUCCCUUCAAAUGUUCAGUGAAUAUUGUGACAACAGUGAAACAUGAACUGAACGAAGAAGAGAUCCCGUUUUUAAGUUAUAACUUGUUCUCCUUUUUGUUGGGAAAAUCUGGCGUGCGUAUCCAUGUCAAAUUAUCAUUCAGGAUGCAGUCAUUUAAGUCUGAAACAAACAUGAGAAUGUUUCAUCUAAUUCUCAGCAACAUACAAUACAAUGUACACCAACAAAUGGAAAGUUCUUCAGGUUGUUGUAAGAGUGCAGAUCAUAUCAGAUCAACAAACAGCGUAAUCAGUCUGGAAAACCGAACCCCUUGACUACCGCCGAAUCAUCCCAAAGAUUAAAUGUGAUAUUAAUUCAAGUAUCUAUAAAACAAGGAAUGUUCAUUCUACAAAAACAUUGCCAUAGGCAAUAUAAUACACUCAUACAAAAAGAACUAUCCGGCUAUUAUACCUGCCAGAACAUCACUCUUCCCUCGUGCAAAAAUUGUGUAGACUAGUCGGAUUGCAUCGAGCCAUCCAUCCAUAGAAUCCCACGAAUCAGCAACC